GGGAAAUCUCGAUGUGGUUUUCAACAGAAACACAGGUUCAAAUAUUUAUACCAACUCCAGCCUCCCAAAUUCAAAUACCGAGCAACUUCAACUCUGAUCUAUGCACCAACCACCGCGCCUACAACUUCCCCAACAGCUUCUACAGUAUCCUUCUGCGAAGUCUUCGCUGUGAUAGCCGAAAGCACUAUCAACUCCAGAAACAGAUCAUCACAAGGAACAAACAACUCCAACUUCCUCUCUCCAGAGCCCGGAAACCCCGCAGAUCUCAUCGACGCCAAUUUCAUCACCGCAGCAUCUUUCAAUUCCCAUCCACUCCCCGUGAUCUGAUUAACCGUCCAUUUGAACUUCCCCGCAGGAGAAACGAGCGUGAAGUUCCCCGAUAACGAACCCUCCCUUAACGUCGCCGUCUGUCCGCGAUGGUUAAGAUUGAUGGUCGAGGAGAAGGUGUGCAUGAUAGCAUCUCCGAUUCUGUUUUCUGGGAUUGGAUGGCCGCGGAAUACUGAGACGUUGGGUUUUGAUUUUGAGGUGACGAUUGUGAAUAUUGGUGGGACGUCGGCGGGGUAUCCGAGGGGAUGGACGACGAUGUGGGAUGGGAGGUGAGGUGAGGGGCGGAUUGAGAAAGUUGAGGUUGCCGGAGGUCCGUUGGAGGAUGAGGAGAGGAGGCGGGAGAUGUAUUUACUCAUGGCAGAGGAAUGGUUUUAGGAUCUUAUGGAUUGGUUGGAUGAAGACGCUGUUGAGCGGUUGAAUGAUACACUGUAGUUUGGUGGAGGCUUUCAUCGAUUGUAGAUCGCGAUUGUUGAUUUCGUGUCCAGAUGCGGACCAACCAUGGUAGGAUUCAGACAGGAAUAUAUAUUGAAUCGAUUCAUACUUGUUCCCUUUCUAUCAUGUUGUAUGCUGCGCCGAGUUCGUUCUUACUUUCUGCGCCAUAAUCUGUAUGUUCAAGAUGUUUCUGAAACUUACGUGUAUUUUCAACAACUUGCAUUCCCUUUUAGGACAUAUCCUGCGCUCUGUCGCUUAUUAUCCCGACUCGGAGAUAAUCCAAAAAAGUUGACUGGAUAUGUGGGGAAAUGCUUACAGCCAAGAUCAGCUCAGGAGGAAAGGCUGUGAUGUUGAUCCAGUGGCAGUACCUGCCAAGUGAUUCUUGCGUCACAAGAAGCACAACGCCGAUCCCUCAGCCUUGCUUGAGAAUGUCGUGAGAAUUUACUGGCCGAUGUUUGUAUAUGAACUAAGCAUGGGGCAAAUCGGCAAUUUUUCCAUUGCUGAACUAUAAGGAUGGUAAAGUCCACCUCUUUGUGUAUCGACAGCGCGGUCAACAUCUAAAUCGAGCCAAGUCACACGCUUCAUCAUGCCUGGUGUUCCAUCCAGUCGGGGCUGCGAGGCUUGUCGAAAGCAAAAGAAGAAGGUUUGUUCAGCCCUCCAGAUGGUGGGCACUAUUCUGAGCUUUUGCAGUGCGACCAAUUGAAACCUGUCUGCUCCAGAUGUGCAAGGCUCAAAAUUGACUGCAUAGGUAGUGGCCAACAGCGGUACAAGUUCAAGAACCAGAUUACCAACUGGGAGGUUGUUCCGAAGCCCCAGCCACCUUCACUUGUCCCAGCACCUAGCAAUGGGAGAACCCUACUGCUCAGUGAUUUCAUCUCUACCUUGGGGAUUCUUGAUGUGAGGUAUGACUUGACUUAUUACGGAGGCUUUCUCAGUGAUAUCCCACGCCGACUGGGAACCAAUGAUGCUCUUGAUGCUUCCGUUGGUGCUUUGGCUGCAUCCUUUCCGUACAUGCAUACCAAACAACUUUCCCCGGAUAUGCUGAAGAAGUAUGGUCAUGCAUUGACAACCUUGCGCCUCCAUCUGAGUGAUCCGGUCAAAGCCUACAACCCCGAUACCUUGUGUGCAAUCUACCUCAUGGACGUCUGUCAGUCCUGGAUUGGGAGGAAAGAUGAUCUCUUGCAAGGCCAUGGAGAAGUCAUGGCGCAUUUACUGAAUGCUGCACCCGUCGACAAAUGGAAAGAAAGCUUCGAAGUAGAGAUGCUAGUCACUAUCUGUGCCGUAGUGGCAAUGGAAAGUUUAGCAAACCCCAAAAUCCAGCUCGACGAAUUCUUUACCAAGCUGGACAAUGUCCACGGUACUCAAUACGGUCCACAGAGAAACUCUGGCGAGAAUAAAGUGCCUUUCAGUAUCACUUUGCCGGGCCUUGCAAGCAUCGGGAAAUACUUUCGAGAUCCAGAACUGUAUCUUGUCGAGAUUUCAGCUAUGUAUCAAGAAUCCCUCCUGGAUUACGAAAUGGCACAAAAGCGUCUGAUGGCUGCAGCCAAAAUUCUCACAGCUACUCGAACACCUCUGGAGGCGUAUCCAGUCACUAAACAAUACACAGCUACCCAAGCAAUGGUCGGCUUGAUUGGCUCAAUCGUAUUGAACAUGGGAAACAUUCUUCGAAUCUUUUCACCAAACGACCUGACUCUUUCUGCAGAAGCAGCAAAAGUUUCCACGGAAAUGGUACUUUUGGCUCAGGAUGCGAGGCAGUAUCGGCCUCUGGGUUCGUCGUAUAUCCCGUUCUGUCUCGUGUCAGCGUGGGCGGCCGUGGAUGGGACAUCCGCUCAGUGGGAGAUCGAGAAUAUGUUAGAGGAAUGGCAGAGCGAUUUCCAGGAAACGAGGUGGAUAAAUAUCGCGAAAUGGUUGAGGAAUGGGCUUGAGGAUCUACGACUGAGAUUGAUGUUCUCGCAACUGGGAGUGCUUCCGGGUGAAUCGGUGGCAGUUGCCCAGGUGGCUCAGGUAGGAGGUCCCAACUCAUGUUGCAUCCUCUAAAAAUUGAAGAAUUGAUUCCGGAGAUAUUUUUUGGUCACUUUGCUGUGCGGUUUCGUUUUGCUAGGUAUGGCACAGAAACAUGAGGAAUCGCAUUCUAAGAAAUGGCGAUCUGGAAGAGUGUUUUCUUCCCGAUUUUCCCUUCUGUGCGUCUGCCGACAUUGUCGUUGCUCCGCGUGUCGAGUGGUGAUGACUGCUCUGAUACUCCGGAGCUCUGAUCGGCCUCUAUACUCUCACUCUAUUAGUCUUUGUGGAGUGACCUUCUUGUUCCUCGUCCUGGUAGUCAUACUCAACCGCCAUUUGUUCUAUCCUCGUGGUCCUCUCAGUGACCCGCGAUUCGAUCGGGCCUUUUGUUGACAUGGGUGCGUUGACUGGGCCGUCAUGAUCGUAUUAUAUUUGGACGUCGUCCACGUGAUAGAUUCUUU